GGGUCGCGUCCUUCCUGGCGCAGCUCCGCACAACUAAAACGAGUGGGAGAGCAACUGCAUCAUGGCGCUGUGGACUAUAUUUCUAAUGAUGUGCGCGUUUACGCGCGGGUACGGGACCGACGGCUCCACGCACCCUCACACGUUUUACGGCUGCUGCGAGGAUGGCAAGCAAAGGGCUCGAACCUUAACGAACUGCAACGACCUCCCCUACAUCUCCCACUCACACGUGUGCAGGCUGGCCCAGGAACAGUGCUGCACGACGGUCGUGGAGGAGCGGCUGUGCGAGGCCGGCGCCUCCAUGGCCGCCUGGCAGGGGGCAUGCGAGGGGUACUUCUUCCUCGGGAAGCCUUGGGAAAAUAAAAUCGCCAAGGGGUGUUGUGACUGCUGCAUGUUGGGCAUGGCGUCAGUGGACCAAGACCUGAGCUGCGAGAUGACUUACAUGUCGUUGGGGAAAUUGUGCGAUCAUGUCGCGAAAAGAUGCUGCGCCGGAAACUACACAGAAGGGUUGAACUCUACUGCGGAAGUGUAUGGUCCCACAGUGCCUCCAGAGAGUCAAGUACCACCCAGUAUCACCGUGCCUCUCGUGGCAGCAGACAACUGUACAGUCACGAAUUGCUCCCAGCGUUGUAUUGACAACAGCGUCUGCGCUUGUUACGUUGGUUAUCGACUCCGACGCGACGGAACAACGUGUGAGGAUAUGAAUGAGUGCCUGCUAAAUGUUCACGACUGCGUCGCCGGCCAAAUGUGUAUCAACACACAAGGCUCGUUCCGCUGCCAACGGGAAACCGGCUGCGGCACCGGGUACGAGCUCACGGACAGCAACGACUGCCGAGACAUCGAUGAAUGCGCUUUGAAUAUUCACAACUGCGGACUGAGCUUCGAGUGUGCCAACAGUGAAGGUUCCUUCCGCUGCUACCCGAAGGAAAAGUGCGCUGAAGGGUUCAUUCAAGACGCUGUCGGCAACUGCAUCGACAUCAACGAGUGCGUGGCCCACCCGGUUCCGUGCCAGCCCGGCCACACGUGCGUCAACACGCAGGGUUCGUUCGUUUGCCGCAGGAGCACGAUCGCGUGCGGACGAGGCUACCACCUGAACGCAGAGGGCACACGCUGCGAAGACGUAGACGAAUGCCAGACGGGUGAAGUGUGUCGGAACCACGGCUGCGUCAACAUGGUGGGAACGUACCGCUGUAACUGCAACAACGGCUUUGUCUUCAACAGCCUCGCCAGGCUCUGCGAAGAUAUCAAUGAGUGCAGGUAUUAUCCCAAGAGGCUAUGUGCCCACAAGUGCAUAAACACAGAGGGGUCUUACGAGUGCAGCUGCUCCGCUGGUUUCCAACUAUCCCUUGAUGGCAGGAAUUGCGAAGAUGUCAACGAGUGUGAGGACAGCCCGUGCAGCCAGGAGUGCGCCAACGUCUACGGCUCCUACCAGUGCUACUGUAACCACGGUUACCAGCUUAGUGACGCUGACGGGAUAACAUGUGAAGAUAUCGACGAGUGUGGGCUGCCCACCGGUAGCCAAGUGUGCGCCUACCAAUGCUUCAACGCCCCCGGGAGCUUCUACUGCGCCUGUCCGUCCGUGGGGUACACCCUGGCCUCGAAUGGGCGCACAUGCCAAGAUAUUGACGAGUGCGCAACCGGGAGCCACUCUUGCGGCGCCACCCAGGCCUGCUUCAACAUCCACGGAGGAUACCGUUGUUUGGUCUUUGAGUGUCCAUCCUACUACCGGCAACAAGCACACGGCCGUUGCAAGCGCGUAACCUGCGAGUUCACGCGGGACCCCGCGUCGUGUAUGUCGCUGCCCCUGAGAAUCGCCUUCUACAACGUCACGCUCCCGGCCAACACGCCCGUCCCCGCCGACAUCUUCCGGAUGGGCCCUUCCAAACCUGUGCCCGGUGAAGAAAUUAAGCUGAGCAUAGCUUCCGGAGACGAGUGGGGCUACUUUGCGGCCCACGGGGGAGUCGUCUCUCUGCGUCGCGCCGUGACCGAGCCUCUGGACUUCUUUUUGACCGUGGAAUUGAGACUGACUCGCUUCGGGACUUCAAACCUGUAUGUGGCCAAGAUAGCCGUGUUUGUCACACAGGUGCUACUGAGCCAGCCCUCAAGAGCGUGGCCAUCAUAGAAGAAGAACCAAGGCCCAUCCUCCAUUUAUUAUUAUUUACUCCCACCCUUAUAUUAGGAAAAAGGGAUGCUGCAUGAAUUCAUUUUCUUUUUUUUUUUUUUUUGUGUACCACAGUUAUUUUCUACAGAGCGUCAGACAUGGUGGAAAAAAAUUUAAUGGUGUCCACAGUAUACAUUUAAUAUGUGCACAAAAUGCUAAUCUGUGGCCGCGAUAUCUUUGUCUACUAGCAGUGUAGUGGACGAGUGGGUAGCAUGUCUGCCUCACAGUUGAGAGGUGCCAAUUUUGGUCUGCAACCAUUAAUAUGUAGUUCACUGGGAAAUUAGGGGGAAUUCAUUUUUUUACAAUUUUAAGUGGGGGGGAAAAAAUUCCUCAAAUAAAUAACGGUGUAUGAGUGGUUUGCAUGUUGCAUGUUCAGUUUUUGGUUUGAAUCCAACACUUUCCUCCGUGGAGUUUGCAUGCUCCCCCCCCCCCCCCAAAAAAAAAAAGUCAUCUGUGGUUCAUCACAAUUUUGGUGUCGGCAAAUGUUUUAAUGGAGCUGACUCUCAUGUAUUAGGAUUAGUAGUACACUUUUUGACCAAUAGAGGGAGCUAGUUAGCUGUUGACUGCUCCAUGACUACAUGGCCUCUUUCAAGCCCAUCUGUGUGGCAGCUUCUCCUUAUUGUGUACUUUAAAAAAAAACAAUUUUUAUGUAUAUUUGCAAUUAAACCGUCAAAAAAGCAUGUGAAAAUGACCUUUCCACACACAUGCAUACGGACACACUACCUGUUUCUUCUCUUCAACUUUCCUGUUUCUGAGAACAAGUUUUUCCAGUCAUCCUGAGCGGAUAGCAGGGAAAAUAAGCUCGCCACUGAUGUUUUGGGCACCUUGGGGCCACGGCCAGCAUCAGCAUGGCGACCCAAUUAGCGGUGGAACCGCUCAUGAUGGAUUGUGCCUCUGAGUGUCGGUGUCAGAUGAUUAACACUUAAUUUGCCGUAAAUGAAGCCUAACCGGCAGUAGGCGCG